AUGGCGCACCGCGCGCGCGCUUUCGUCCUCUGCACGCUCGCGCUGAUCCUGCGCGGCGCGACGCGCGCGCACGCGUUCGGUAACGGCGCCGGAUCGUGCGCGCACGGCGGCGUCGGGCACGGCGCGAGCGAAACAUCGGGCGGUGGAGAUAUUUUCUCGAUCGUCAUCGGUGCCUCGGGCGUCGAUGUCCCGAGCGCGACGGUGCCCGUGGGCGUCAAGAGCGUCUCCGGAAAGACGUUUAAGGGGUUCCUGCUGCGCGUCGUGCGAGACGACGACGGCGUGGCGGUUGGGUCGUUCGGGGAGGACAUGCCGAGCGGGACGCGCAGGGCGGACGGUUGCGAGCGGUUCGCGACGCACGCACGGAGUCACAUUCGCGGAUACGAAGAGAGCGUGAUGCCGUGGAUAGUGCCGACGUUAGAUGUGGGGACCCGGGUGCGGUUCGAGGCGACGAUCGUGGUGUCGUACUCGGUGUGGUACACCGCGACGCGGACGGUGGUAGUCGGCGACGGCGACGCGGAUGAGGGCGUGAAGUACGACGAAACGCGGGCGCCGGCGAGAGCGCCGGGCGGAGCGAAGGCACCGAGUGUCGACGCAGCGCUCGCGGGGGGAUGGACAGGCGAGUCUCCGAAGGAUGGGGCGGUGAAAGCGCGCGACGUUGGCGUGGUGCGAACAGCGGAAGACGUCGAUCAGGGGCGGCGGCUCAGCGACGCGGCCGUCGUUCACGGAGCGGUGAUGUCCAUCGCGUGGUUGAUAGUAUCACCGGGAGCGUCAUUGAUCGCGAGAUACGGGAAGAAGUACGAUCCAUGGUGGUUUCGAGCGCACAGAAACGCGCAGUGCGUGGCGCUCGGCGUCACCGUCGUCGCCGCGUACGUCAUAUGCGCGGCGCGCGGAUGGGACAAACCUUGGGGUCCGCACGGGAAGUACGGUCUUAUCGUCAUUCUCCUCGGUGCUAUCCAACUGUUCGGUGGAUUUAUUCGAAAGAACGUGCCGCGCCCGGAGUUCCGUCGAUGGCACCGCGCGCUCGGCGUCGGCACGUCAGCGCUCGCCGCGUACAACUGCACCAUCGGCGCCGGCAUGCUCAAGCGUCUCGAAGCCGUGCGAGAUCCAAACUCUUCCGCCUCCGCGGCGCCACAUUUGGUAAAUCUGUGCCUGUUCGCCGUAGCCGUCGUCAGCGUUCUACUCGAGAGCCAUCGCAGGGACGCGACGAGGCGCAACAAAUCCGUCAAGUCCAUGGUCUGA